AUGCCCUCCCUACUGACAAUCGUCCAAGCAGCCGACAACUUCCCGGACCACAUCUCUUCGCCUUAUCCCUCUCAUUCACCAGACGGCUCAGAGCGGUACGUCCCCUUCCACCUGACCUUGGCGGACUAUCACGCGUCCCUUCCGCCCGUGGGUCUUCUGCGUCCGGCGGUGCUUGUGGAGCUCCGAGCGGAUGUGGGUGGAGAGUAUGGGAGUCCGUGGCGCUUCUACCCGGCUGCGGAGACUGCCAGCACAAUGGACAGGGUGGACAAGAAGGCCGUUGGACUUGGCGGGCGCGGAGGGGACGCCGCUUCUGAGUGCCAGUGCUGUUUCUUCGCGGCCUGGGUGCUCAAGCAAGGAGCAGAGGGGAUGAGUCGUGUCGUGCAAGAGGCAGCCGAGCGAUGGAGGCAGGAGGGCAAGUUUAUGGGCAAGCUUGCUGGCUGGCGCAACGAGUUGUACCAGAUCUACGCUUCUCCCAAGUCAUCCUUCUUCGCUUCGAAACCGCUACAGGGGGCCUUCGCCAACAAGGCCUUCACCCUCGAGCGAGCGGCUUGCGCCAUCUUCGGCUUUCCCACGUUCGGGGUCCACAUGACCGCAUACGAGGGCGAAGGAGAGAGCAUGAAGCCCUGGGUCCCGAGGCGGAGUCGGACCAAGCAGACCUUCCCGGGCAUGCUCGACAACACAGUUGCUGGCGGCAUACCAGCCGGAAUGAGCCCUUUGGAUACUAUGGUCAAGGAGUGUGGAGAAGAGGCCAGUCUGCCCGAGUCGUUCUUGCUGUCGCGAAUCAGGGCCACAGGGGCGAUCACCGAAUUUGCCAUCACGCCUGACGGAUAUCUGCAACCUGGGGUGAUUUACACAUUCGACCUCCAACUUUCCCCUCGUACUUCUGCGGAAUACGUCGAGCCCCGCCCGUGUGACGGCGAGGUGGAAUCUUUCGCCCUGAUGUCUAUCCCGGACGUGCUGGCAGCCAUGCACGCGGGUGAGUUCAAGCCAAAUUGCGCGUCGGUACUCGUCCACUUCAUGAUCCGACAUGGGAUGGUGACGGCCGAUACGGAGCCGAAUUUUAUCGAGAUCAACUGGAAGUUUGGAAGGCGUUUGGGCGUUGCUGUGCCGUCUGACCAGACCUAG